UAGGCAAUUAGGGAACACUUGGGUUUUACAUUUUUAGGUCUGAAACAGGAGAAGCAGUAGCAACAGGUAGUUCUCGUCAAUCAAGAGGGGAUUUGCUUCCUUGUCUUUCUUCUUAUAUCAAUUCUGUUUCAGCUUGCGUGCUUGCUGAGCAGGGUCUUCUUCUUAAGUACCUCAAAACUGGGAUUGAGCAGCAAUGGAGCUCGAUAGUGAUCCUAUGGAGUCAUCAAGGCGGGUUCAAGCUCGCUUUGUUACGAAGCUCCAGCCUCCUUUGAGAGUUCCUCCUGUUUCUAUUGCGGUUCCCUCCAACCUUACCAGGAUAGGCCUUUCUGCUGUCGUCAAUAAUCUUCUCAAAGCUGGAAAUUCUGACUGGGAACCCCAACCUUUUGAUUUUCUCAUUGAUGGUGAGUUGGUACGAAUGUCACUUGAAGAGUUCUUGCUUACCAAAGGCAUUUCUGCGGAGAAAAUACUUGAAAUUGAAUAUAUAAAGGCUGUAGCCCCACGAAAGCAAGAAGAACCUUGUUUACAUGAUGAUUGGGUCAGUGCAGUCAGUGGUUCCAAUCCUAGGUUUAUAUUAACAGGAUGUUAUGACAGUUUUGGAAGGAUAUGGAAGGCUGGUGGAUUAUGUAGUCAUAUAUUGGAGGGGCAUAGUGGUGCAAUUACUUCUGUCAGCACAAUUGGUCCAAAAGGUGAUGAUAGUGUUACUGACCUACGAAUAGCAACUGCUUCAAAAGAUCAUACCUUGAGGCUAUGGAAGUUUGAUGCAGGGCAACGAGUCCUGGAUCAUCCUAUGAAGAUUAGAGCCUUCAAAAUCCUGCAGGGGCAUAAAUCAUCUAUACAAAGUGUUGCUGCACAGCCUUCUGGAGAUAUGGUUUGUUCUGGUUCCUGGGAUUGUACCAUCAACUUGUGGCAGACAAAUGAAUCUGAUACAGAAGGUGAUCUAGUGUCUGUAAAGAAGAGAAAAAUGGGUUCUGAGGCUGAGGAAUCCCAGUUACAGGGGGAGGCUGUAUCUACCCUUGUGGGGCAUACACAAUGUGUCUCUUCUGUUGUCUGGCCAGAACAUGUGACAAUUUAUUCUGCAUCAUGGGAUCAUUCUAUUAGAAGAUGGGAUGUUGAAACUGGCAAAGAUUCUUUGGACAUGUUCUGUGGCAAAGUCCUCAACUGCCUUGAUGUUGGUGGUGAAAGCUCUGCCCUUAUUGCUGCUGGAGGUUCUGAUCCUAUUCUUAGGAUUUGGGAUCCUCGCAAACCAGGAACUUUAGCUCCUGUCUUUCAGUUUUCAUCCCACACCUCAUGGAUUACUUCUUGCAAGUGGCAUAAGAAGUCAUGGUUUCAUUUGCUUUCUGCUUCUUAUGAUGGGAAAGUUAUGUUAUGGGAUCUAAGAACAGCGUGGCCUCUUGCAGUGAUAGACUCCCACAAAGACAAGGUACUAUGUGCUGACUGGUGGAAGAGUGAUAGUGUGAUCAGUGGCGGUGCAGACUCAAAACUCUGCAUUUCUUCUGGAAUUUCUAUUGAGUAAGCAAUACGAGUAUUUGAAUUGAGCAUGUAGCAGAAAGAUGGAAACAUCUCCAACAAUGCAAAGCGAAGUGCAGAGCCUACUUGCGCCAAGUUUUUGAAUACUAUUUAUUCCUUGAUGACAUAGAAUUGAAAUUCCGGCCAUGAUGGAAACAUCUCCAACAAUCUAGGUUUCGUCAGGCUGCUUAAAUUUUGCUUGUUGCCGCCAUGAUGAAACAUACUGGUGAGAUGCUGUUGAGUGAAGAAGAUCAGAAUCGCGGUAAUUGUAUUUAUUUUAAUCACUAUCUUUAAUUGAUAAACUGUCUGAGCUUGUUAUCGGCCGUGAAUUGGUGGAUUUGAAUUUCAUAAAAUAUUGUAUUCUUCUCUUUCUAUUAAUCGUUUUUUCUCUUA